AUGACGGUAACAAUAACGAAAACGAUAAGGGUAACGAUAAUGCUAACGGUGGCAAUAAAAGUGACAGUAAUGGUAACAAUGAAGGUGACAGUAACAAUAUCGGUAAUGGUGACAGUAACGAUGAUGAUAACGGUGAGAGUAACGGGGACGGCAACGGUGAUAGUAUCGGUGAUAAUAACGGCAAUGGUAACGGUUAUGACAACGGUAACGAUAAUGGUAACAGUAACAAUGAUGGUAGCUGUGACUAUAACAUUGGUGGUCACCGUGACAAUGAUGGUGAUCGUGACCGUGACGAUUACACUAACAGUGAUCGUGACCGUGACGGUUAUGGUAACGGUAACGGUGAUGGAUACGGUCACAGUGACAGUAACGAUGAUGACCACAGUGACGGUAAUGGUGACGAUAACGGACGGUGAUAGUGACACUAAUGGUAACGGUGAGUGUAUCAAUAACGGUGACGUUAACGGUAAUGGUGAUGGUAACGAUAACAGUAACGGUAACGGUGAUGAUAACUGUGAAAGUAAUGGUCACGAUAACAGUGUCGGUAACUGUAACGAUGACGGUAACAGUGACAGAAACGGUGCUGAUAAUGGUGAUUUAAAUGGCGACGGUAAUGGUGACGGAGGUCGUAACGAUGACAGUAACAAUUACGGUAACGGUUACGGUAACAAUGACGAUAACGGUAACAGUAACGGUGACAGUCACAUUAACGGUUACAAUAAUGGUGACGGUGAUGGUGACGGUAAUAGUAACAGUAAGAGUUACGAUAAUGGUGACGGUAGCAGUAACGGUCAUGGUAACAAUAACGGUAAUGUUAAAGAUAAUGAUGACGGUAAUAGUGACGGAAACGGCAACGGUAAUGGUGACGGUGACGAUGAUGCGGUACCAGUAAUGGUAUUGGAAACAGUAACGGUAAUGGGGACAAUAAUAGUAAUAGUAAUGUUAAAGAUAAUGGUGACGGUAACAAUGACAGAAACGGCAACAGUAACGGUGACGGUGACGGUAAUGAUGAUGGUUACGGUAACGGUUACAGUAACAAUAAUGGUAACGGUGACUGUGACAAUAACGUGGCGGUAA